AAAAAUAAAAUAAAAUGAUGGAGGAUAAGAAAACAGUGGUCGAAGCAGGCCGGCCCAGCAGGAAAAUCUUUGAGAGCCCAACUUAACAACAAGACGGUCCAUCGGGUAAGCAUAAUGGGUCAGAAAGCAGCAGGCCGGCCCGUAAAUGGCCAGAGCAGCACGUCCGAACCUAUCGGCCAGAUGUGGAUCGCGUCCGGAACUCCGGGUCUAGUUAGUUAGUUAGUUACACCUCGGCGUUUAUAUAAUAUAUCCAGUUGCAUCCUCGGCGUUUGAUUCAAGGCACUCCUGCUUACCAUCUAUCCCAAUGGAGCCACACAUGCUGACAUUAUUCCUGCUGCUAAUUGCCGCCUUACUUGCACACGCCGGCGCCGGCAUCACGAGCUCGUACCGCCGGAGCCUUCUCGGCCUCUCGGCCAUGCCGUUCGACGCCGACGUGUUCCGGCCACCGCCAGGCUACAACGCUCCGGAACAGGUCCACAUCACCCAAGGCGAUCUCACCGGCCGCGCCAUGACCGUCUCCUGGGUCACCCCGCACCACCCGGGGAGCAACGUGGUGCGCUACGGCCUCGCCGCCGACAACCUGACGCGCUUCGCCGAGGGCACCGUCCGCCGCUACGCCUUCGGCGGGUCCUACCAGUCAGGCCACAUCCACCACGCCACGCUCUCCGGCCUCGACCACGCCACCGUCUACCACUACGCCGUCGGCUACGGCUACGAGAACGUCCGCCGCUUCUCGUUCAAGACCCCGCCGGCGCCGGGGCCGGAGACGACGAUCCGGUUCGGCGUCAUCGGCGACCUGGGCCAGACGGCCCACUCCAACGACACGCUGGCCCACUACGAGGCCCGCCCGGGCGACGCCGUGCUCUUCAUCGGCGACCUCAGCUACGCCGACAACCACCCGGCCCACGACAACCGCCGCUGGGACUCAUGGGCCAGGUUCGUCGAGCGCAAUGUCGCCUACCAGCCUUGGAUCUGGACCACCGGCAACCACGAGAUCGACUUCGCCCCAGAGAUCGGAGAGACCGUGCCAUUCAAGCCGUUCACGAACAGGUACCGGACGCCAUUCCGUGCAUCCAACUCGACGGAGCCCUUCUUCUACUCCGUCAAAAUGGGCCCGGCCCACGUCAUCAUGCUCUCAUCCUACACCUCCUACGGCAAGUACACGCCACAAUGGACAUGGCUCCAAGACGAGCUCACCACCCGCGUCGACCGCAACGUGACGCCAUGGCUGAUCAUCUGCGUGCACUCGCCCUGGUACAACACGAACGAGUACCACUACAUGGAAGGCGAGACGAUGCGCGUCCAGUUCGAGCGGUGGGUCGUCGACGCCAAGGCCGACAUCGUCUUCGCCGGCCACGUCCACUCCUACGAGCGCACCCACCGCGUGUCCAAUGUGGCCUAUGACAUUGCCAACGGCAAGGCCACGCCGGCGUUCAAUGUGUCGGCGCCGGUGUAUGUCACCAUUGGGGAUGGGGGCAACAUUGAAGGCCUUGCCACUACCUUCCGGUCGCCGCAGCCGGACUACUCGGCGUUCCGGGAGGCGAGCUUCGGGCAUGCCACGUUGGAGAUCAUGAAUAAAACUCAUGCUUACUAUGAGUGGCACAGGAACCAGGAUGGGGUCAAGGUUGUUGCUGACAAGGCUUGGUUCACCAACAGAUACUGGCUGCCCACAGACACCAACUAGAUUAGGCUAGAAUUGGAAUGAUCCAGCUUAGUUAAUUGGCAAGAGCAGAGGUAGAUCAGUAUAGAUAGCUAGCUUAGCUAGUGCAAAAUUUUGUAGUUGAAUAAGUAAUAAGAUCUUUGUUCUUCAUGAUUUCUUGUGUUGUGAGUGUAUUCAUGGAGGAUCUUUUUUGGUUGUC